AAAUCACGAACACCUUUUAGGCAUUUCGACAAUAUGAACGGAUUCCUCGUGCAUAAACACAAGAACAAGAUAUCAGAAUGGAUUGGCGGGAAUAGUAGGUUUGAGCUCCUAUACAAAUUAAGUCGAGACGGAGGGUCAACAAAAAUGUUCCACGAGUUGUGUGAUAACAAAGGACCCACGGUGACCAUCUUCUACAACAAGGAUAACAACGUGUACGGGGGGUACCUGUCAGACAGCUGGGGGAGUACUGGGGGCUGGUGUACAGACCAGAGAGCGUUUCUGUUUACAUUGUAUAGUGCUGGUCAUUGGAAACCAAUGAAAUUUCCUCACAUUGAUGGAGAAACACAUUUCAAAACUAUAUAUCAUGGACCUUGGUUUUAUUCAUUAAACAGUUUUCACACGUGUGUUAAAAUGGAAAAAAAAAUUCCAUCAAACUGUUACAAAUGCAAUACAACUGGUUUAUUUGACGGGCAAAGAUUUGACAUGAAAGGAGAGACUGACCAGUCUGUGGCAAACGGUCACAACAACGUCACAGAUCUGGAGGUCUACCUGGUCAAAGAUGGUUUACCAGACGAGGAACUACAGAUUCCUUGGAGGGAUUCUACAGAGUGGAAUAAUAAGGGUUUUCAAGAAUUAAAGGAAUUUAUCGCCACUUACGAACCGUUUCCUGAGAUGAAAAUUCCGGAAGUCAACAUUUUACUGAUUGGACAGGCCGGCGCCGGAAAAUCCAGUUUAUUCAACACCUUCAACUCAAUCUUCAAAGGUGGAAUUUCCUCCCGUGCAUGUUCCGGAAGUGCAGAAAAAGGCAUCACACAAAAGUUCGAUAAAUUACGGAUCCGUGACCCAUCCACCAAGAAAUAUCUUCGUUUCCGAAUAUGCGAUACUUGUGGAGUAAAAGAUCGGAUAAACAUCAAGAACGAGGAUAUUGGUUUUAUUAUGGAUGGAAACCUCCCAAAUCAUUACACGUUUGACCACGAGACUGGGACGUCAAUAAAAAGCUCUGGCUUUAUCAAUGAACCAACAAUGAGGGAUAAAAUACACGUGGUUGUUUUAAUUCUUGACGGGAGUAACCUGAACUUUCUGUCAAACGACGUUGUUAAAAAACUUCAAGAAAUCAAAAGUCUUGCUAUUGAUAGAGGUGUUCCUCCCUUAGUUUUUCUUACGAAGAUCGACGAAAUUUGUGAAUUGGUCAGAGAUGAUAUCAGCAAAGUGUACAAUAGUAAAACUGUAGAAGAUGCUGUCAACAAGGCCGCGGAUCUCUUCGCUAUCCCUAGAUGCCAUGUACUUCCGGUCAAAAAUUAUGAGAAGGAAUCUGAACUCCUGACCAGUAUCAACAUUUUGGCCCUAACAGCGUUGCGAAAGUCGCUGAUGUUUGCAGACGACUUUCUUGAGAACCAGUAUGAGCUAAAACAAGAAAAGAUGGAGACGUUAAAUAAACAGGACUGA